AUGGUUUCGUUCGUUGCUGCACAAGGACCAGAUGAUGGCAAAGCACCAGACGGCAAAGCACCAGAAGAUGGCAAAGCACCAGACGGCAAAGCACCAGAAGAUGAUGGCAAAGCACCAGACGGCAAAGCACCAGAAGAUGAUGGCAAAGCACCAGACGGCAAAGCACCAGAAGACGGCAAAGCACCAGCUGACGGCAAAGCACCAGCUGACGGCAAAGCACCAGAAGACGGCAAAGCACCAGCUGACGGUAAAGCACCAGCUGACGGCAAAGCACCAGCUGACGGCAAAGCACCAGCUGACGGCAAAGCACCAGCUGACGGCAAAGCACCAGCUGACGGUAAAGCACCAGCUGACGGUAAAGCACCAGCUGACGGUAAAGCCCCACCACCUAAAGCCCCAGAAGGUAAAGCCCCAGAAGGUAAAGCCCCAGCAAAAGGCCCUGACGGUAAAGCCCCAGCUGACGGAAAAGCCCCAACAGCCCCAAAAACCGCAGAUGGUAAAGCCCCAGCUGCUGCCGCUGCCAACAAUCUUAAAUUCGAAGCUGGAGUUUCAUUCGCAGCCAUCGCUGUUCUCGGUGCCUUAUUUGCUUAA